AUGAUUUCGUUUAAAGGACGAGAAAGUAAGAGAGGGCGUAUUUACAAAAUGUCAAGAAAUAUAGAACGUUUGUACAGAGAAGGAAAAUGUCGCGACUGUAAAGUUCUUGUUACUCGAAUGGACUUUGCUAAAAUUCUUGGUAAAUUCACCAAAGUCAAAAUUCAAUACGAAAGUAAUAAGUCACCUAAGACGAAAAAGUCUGUAGAGUCUAACGCAUCUAAUUCAAAUUCUAGACUAAAAAGCAACGAAAAUGGAAUGGUUCUUGUACGUAGAAAUACUUAUAAGCAGCACCCUGCAAAAGUGUUACAAACCCCAAAAGCUUUAAAAAUCCCAAUAGAUGUACAAACCUCAAAAUCUUCACAAAUAACAAAAGCUAUGCAAACUCCAAAAACCACAAAUAACAUUCUUAAAGAAAAUAAUUGUCUGAAAAAGGAUCAAGUAAUAGUAAAAGAAAUUAAUUAUGACUAUGGUAAGAAAACAUUGAAUUCUAAUUUUAAACAGUAUGGCAUUGUAUUCACAGUGCCUAACAUAUCAAAUAAUAACAAUCAGGAAAUAAAAACUAAAAUAUCCUUAAUUGAUCUUUUGCCUAACCUAAAUAAAAGUUUAUUACCCUCUGAAGAAUGGUGUAUUGAUUAUUUUCCAAAAAAUGAAGAACCCAAAGAUGAUAAAGUUUAUGACCGCAUAGCAGCUGAAUUGGAAGACUUAAUGUACAAUGAAAAACCUAUAGAGAAAUCAAAGUCUGAUGUGCCUGAAUCCAAAGUUGAAGAGUUUCCUUCAAUUAUGGACAUCUUAAAUGAUAAUACUUCAGAAAAUACUCUUAAAGAAAAUGAACUCAGUUCAGAACAAUUCAAAAAUAAUUUAGAAUCAAGUGAUGUGGAAGCGAUCCUUCUCGGUAAGUCAAAAUCUGAAAAUAAAGAUGCUGAGCCAAUACCCAUGGAAGUUGACAGUACAGAUGUAAGUAAAUUAAUUGAAGAUAUGGAUCAAUUAAAUAAUAUAGCUGACAGUAAAUCUAAAGUUUUAAACGAAGAAGCGCCCACAAAAUCUGAAGAAGCAAAUACUGCCGAAGAGGUAGAUAAUCCUCACAGCCCUUCCAUACUUGAUGAGGCCCUACAGAAAGGAAUUGAAGAACACUUACCAAAUGAAAAUCUACCAAAAGAUGACACCCCUGUGAAUAACAAUGUUGCUGAAUGUAAAGGUAAUGAAAACAAUGAGACUAUUUCUGAUAAUAAUGUAGAACAAAUUAAAAAAGAUGUGAAUCAUACUGAAGAAGUUUCCAUAUCUAAAAAUAAUGACCAAACUGAUAAGAGUAUCUCCAUUUUUAACUGUGUAAGUGUAACUCAUGUUAUAUUUAAAAAAUAUAUAAAUGGCAAAUGUUAUAAGUCUGUAAAAUGUCCAAAAAACUUAAAGUAUAGUAUUGAGUUAGAAGGAAAAUCAGUUGAGUUUAUAGGAGCACCGAAGUACAUUUCAAGUCUAGAAGAUUUACAAGUGUUGUUACAGAUUGUAGAUGAAAGUGAGCUUGAUAGCUUGUAUGUUUUACAUUAA